GAGGCAAGCACAACCACAGCCAGCAACUGUAGCUACUCUCCAGAACAAGACGACCUCUAAGCUGACAUCUUUCACAGAAAUGACGUGCUGAUAUCGCAGGAGAGAUUACGGCAACAAUGGAAUACCAGAUAUUGAACACAUCUACCUGUCUGCUGCUCCUUCUCCUUUUCAUACCCGCUGUGCUGGGUGUCUGUCCCUCUAACUGUUCAUGCUCAGGAAACGACAGGAACGUGGACUGUUCAGGCAGAAACUUCUCUGUGCUGCCACACGGACUCCAAGACAACAUUACCUAUUUAAAUCUCUCCUUUAACCAGUUUGUAGAUCUCGAUCAUCAGCUAACGAGAUUCACCAAUUUGAGGACCCUUGAUAUUUCCAAUAAUUGGCUCAAGAACUUCAAGUCCUUAUGGGAAUUAUAUGCCAUAAACAACAACAUUAAAGUUCUUCAGAAACUUGACACAGCUUACCAGUGGAACCUCAAAGUGCUCGAUGUUUCCAGGAAUCUGGUGGAAAGAGCUGUUCUGAUCAACAACACACUGAGCAGUCUCAAGUUUCUCAAUCUCAGCAGCAACAAACUUUGGACAGUUCCCACCAACAUGCCCUACAACAUCGAGACGGUGGAUCUAUCCAACAACUUCCUCUCCCAGAUCCUCCCAGGAACGCUGCUGAGGCUACGGCACCUCACCAGCCUCUACCUGCACAACAACAAGUUCACGUACAUUCCUGACAAAGCUUUCGACCAGCUCGCUCAGCUGCAAGUGCUCACCCUGUACAACAACCCGUGGGCCUGCCGCGACCGGCAGAACAUCCCGUAUUUGCUCCGAUGGGUGCAGGGAACGGCUGCCCGGGUGCUGGGGGCUCCCUGCGCUAACCACUCGGUGCUCUGGACGGAUGCCACCCCGGCUCCGGCGGCUCCCACGGGGACAGGCUCCAGCCCCAUGAUCAAAGGCAUGAAGGCAGCAGACAGAGCUCCUCCUCCAGUGGCAACCGAACCAACCCAAACGCCAAAACUGCACAAACAGUUCAAAGCUAAGGAGGUGACCAGCUCGGCCACCUUGAGCCAAACCGUCCUGAGCACGGACCGGCCGCUGCUCCUCUACCCCGAGGGUCUGGCCACGAGGAGGGUCAGCUCCCAGGAAGCAGCAGCCACGCACACCGCCUACGUGGAGGAUCCGGCCGAGGGGAACGCCAGCCUGACCGCUGCGACAGCAUCAUCCACCACGCCCAUGACUCUGAGCAUCACCAGCGGGAUGCCAACAAACUACUCCCGAAUGCCCCCGAGCACAACGGGCACCCUGCGGAAGGAGGAACCCACCACAAACCCUCUGAAUACUCGCGUGCCCUCCACAGCAAGUACCCAUCAGCUAUAUUUGUUUUAUGUCGUGAUGCUUAAUGCAGUGGCAAUGUUUAUCGGCUAA